GUGGAAAGUUAUUGAUCAAGUUUUUAGCUUCUCAUUCAACCAGUUUUAAUUAUCAUAUUUAAGUUAAAUCGAACCUUUAUUAUUAUAGUUUUAAAGAGCUUUGGUAUAACAGUUUCCGCCGGCUUUGAACCGAUAUUGGGUCGGUAGGGCUUAGGUGACGGACUUGCCUGCCCGGGAGACGAUCUGCGGAGGGUACCUGUUGUUCCUGUUAUGCCAAAGCAUUGUCAGCAGUAUCUGCGGGGACAUUGCUGAGGGGGAUAUGCGAGGAUUAAUUUUUCUUCUUUAGAUGGGCGUCAUUAAAUUGCUGAAAUGAAAAAGUUUACAUUCAAAGGUGUUUUGGAUGGUUUACGAUCCUCUGUUUCCCAACAGCCAAGAAAUGACCAGGAGAUCGUUGAAACAUUAAAACCUGAACAUUUUCAAGUAGCUAAGACUUUCCGUCAUGGAUUCCCCCAUCAACCUACAGCUGUGGCAUUCGAUCCCAUACAACGUCUCCUUGCCAUCGGGACAAAAAAUGGAUCUCUAAGGAUAUUGGGCCGUGCUGGUGUCGACUGCCAUGUUUGGCAUGAGAACGAGACAGCUGUGGUACAGAUAGUGUUCUUAGUCAACGAGGGUGCCCUGGUAACAGCAACUGCUGAUGACAGCGUUCACCUCUGGAGCUUCAGGCAGAAGAAACCAGACCUAGUGCACAGCCUUCAGUUUCAAAGGGAAAGGUUAACAUACAUCCAUCUUCCAUUACAAAGCAAAUGGUUGUAUGUUGGUUCAGAAAGAGGGAACGUCCAUGUCGUCAACAUUGAAUCAUUUCAGCUUUCUGGUUAUAUUAUUAAUUGGAACAAAGCUAUUGAGGUAUCAAGAAAAACUCACCCAGGUCCUGUAGUUCAUCUAAGUGAUAACCCUUUAGAUUCCAGCAAGCUUCUUAUAGCUUUUGAAAGUGGUCAGAUUGUCCUUUGGGACCUUCGGUUACGAACUGCAGAAGCCAGAUGGCAAAGUGCUGAACCAGUCAAAUCUAUCGCAUGGUCCCACGAUGGAAAACAAUUUAUGUCCUCACAUACCGAUGGAACUUUACUCACUUGGAAUAUAAGACAGCCAGCAAAAAUAUCUACAGUUCAACCUCAUGCAAAACUCAACAAAGAUGGAAAACCAGAAUCUUGUAAACCUAUUCAAAAAAUAGAAUGGAAAGCCUCCAAAUCUGGAGAAACUUUUGUUAUUUUUUCUGGUGGUUUAACUUACGACAGAGCUGGUAGAUCACCGACCAUUACUAUAAUACAUGGAAAAGCUACCACAGUAUUAGAAAUGGAACAUAACGUGAUUGACUUCAUGACUCUUUGCGAAAGCCCUUAUCCAAGUGAUAUUCCUGAGCCAUACGCAAUAGUAGUUGUUCUUCAGAAUGAUUUGGUAGUAAUUGAUCUACUGAGUCUUGGAUUCCCAUGUUUCGAAAGUCCUUACCCAAUGGAUAUCCACGAAUGCCCUGUGACCUGCUGUACAUACCUUGCUGAUUGCCCUUCCGACCUUAUUCCAGCUUUCUACUCUGUAGGAUCCCGUUCUUCAAAACGAUCUGGAUUCAGCACUAAAGAAUGGCCUCUAGUUGGAGGUGAAUGGUCUGUUCCUCCUUGCAGCUACAGUGAAAUUAUUAUUACUGGGCAUGCUGAUGGAAGUAUUAAGUUUUGGGAUGCUUCUGCAGGGACCUUGCAGAUCCUAUAUAAACUCAAAACAAACAAAGUCUUUGAAAGACCUCCUUCACGUUCUCAGGACGGAUCGGAAGAGGAUCCCUUUGCUGUUCAGCUUCUUUCAUUAUGUCCAGAAUCUAGGAAACUCGCUGUAGGAGGAGCAUCCGGCUAUGUCAUACUAUUUAAGUUUAAAAAGCAAGAAUCCACAUCAGAAACUGUGGCUCUGGAAAUUCCUAUUGUCUAUGAAGGAUUUGAUGAAUCAGAAUGUUCUCCGGACUCAGAAUUUGCUGGAAGGGGAACCCUUAGCAAAAUGGAAUCAUCUGAAAGCAAGCCAUUUGGUGCAGACAUGAGCAUUCCCGUGAAAGUUAAGCCUGGAUUACAAAAGAAACCUCCUGGUUUUCAAGCUGUUUUGGUUUGUCUAUCUCCUGCUCCUAUUACAAGUCUCAGUAUAAAUUCAUCUUAUGGACUAUUAGCAUAUGGUACUGAUACUGGUGCUGUUGUCGUCGACAUUGUGCACAAGGUUUGCCUUCUCAAUGUUGCUUCACCAGACCUAUAUGGUGGUGCUGACCCUUAUCAAAGAGUUCCCAAGUCGCCUAAAAGAACACAGCCCCCUGACACAGACUCUGAUCGUUGUCGUUCUCCUAGUAUUGACCAGGGUAUAGAUGUUUUGGAGGACCCUAACCUGUCAGGAAACUCAUCUCCUCACGACGAUGGAGAAUCAAGGCGUAGAAAAAUUGGAACUCUAAAAAAACAACUCAGCAAAGUAGACCUUAAAUUGAAGUUUCAACCACGCAACAAUAAGCGGUCGUGUUCUGUAUUUUAUACUGACCAGGAAUGUGUGGAAGAAAGCUCUGUCAGCCUUAGUCCAGAAGAUGAAAUACCUAAAAUAAGAUUUCCAGUUUCUGAAGAAAAGCCUGAACGUCCUACAGAACUGCCUUUAUUCGAUGAAAGGCCCAUUCCUCCUCCUAGAAGGGAAAAAAAGGAGACACCAAAGCGUGAUACCAGGCUACUUUCAGUUCCCAAUAUCAAGUAUCAUUCAAGGGGAAAUCAAGGGCUGUCAUCAUUGAUGCGCAAAAUAAACAAGCUAGACAGUUCCUUUUCACGAUCAAGAAGUUCCAGUAUGUCAAGUUUGGAAAAUAUCAGUGCGGAAGCUAUACAGUGUAUUGCUUUUGCUGAUACAUACACGAAAAAAUCAGAAUCAGCUUCAACCUUUCCAACUCUCUGGUUUGGAACAAGUCUUGGUUCUGUCCUUACUGUAAUGCUGAAUGUGCCAACAUCAGAUAUCAGGUCUUCUCAUCCAGUUGCUAUUGGUCCUUUUGGUACAAUGUUUAGAUUAAAGGGAUGUAUUUUGACAAUGUCCUUUCUGGAUUGUAAUGGCGCGCUUAUUCCUUAUACAUUUGAAAGUUGGAAAGAUGACAGCAAAGACAAACACCUGCAAAAUAGACAGAGGUGGAACAGACUGGCUAAGGCGGCGAAAGAUUUACAAGGUACUUCUCGAACAAAUAGCAAUAGUAGUAGAAUGUCUCCACCUGGUUCGGUUAGCAGUGAGAUAAACUGCGACAGGCAGUUUGUAGCGAUAGUAAGUGAGAAACAAGCAAUGGUUGCUGCGCUUCCAUCUCACAACGUAGUUUAUAGGCAACAAAUUACUGAAGCAGAUUUUGUCGUCAAGGCAGAAAUAAUUUCUCUUAAAGAGAGCGUCUGCCUCGUUUGCUACAUUUCAAAUGGGCACGUUUGUGCCUAUAGCCUUCCAAGCCUCCGGCCACUUAUUGAUACUGAUUUUCUUCCUUUGGCUGACCUUAGGAUAGCCAGAACAUUCUGCUUUAGUAACCAUGGUAAUGGAUUGUAUUUAUGUUCACCUACAGAAGUUCAAAAGUUUACGGUAUCUGCUGACUUUUGUUCCAGCUUGGGUGAAAUCGUAGGAGACUUAUUUCUUCCUCAUGACAUGCCAGAACCACCUAAAGAGAGUUUCUUCAGGGGCCUCUUUGGAGGAGGUGCAAGAUCUUUAGAUAGAGAAGAACUAUUCGGAGAGUCUAGUGGUAAAGCUUCAAAGGCCGUUGCCAAGCACAUUCCAGGAACCGCUGGUUUGGACCAAAGUGCCCAGAAAGCAUGUAGCGAAAUUUCCAGAGCACAUCAGCUUGCUGUUGAAAGAGGAGAGAAGCUUUCUCAGCUCGAAGAAAGGACUGCUAGAAUGAUGAGUGAAGCUGAAAAUUUUUCUUCAUCUGCUCAUGGUCUCAUGCUCAAAUACAAAGAUAAAAAGUGGUAUCAGCUGUGAAAUUUAACAGUACACAUAUUAUUUUUUAUUUACAAUUGAAUAAUUGUACUACCUCUUAUUAAUUAAAAAAAAUCUUGUGAUACCACUGUUCAAAAAAUAUUGUGUCCCUUCCUUAGGGUCUGCCUAGUAGUGGUGUUGAGUAAGUGAAAACAAUUUGGAGUCUGAAUCAUAUUUUGUCUAAGCAUUCAAGAAACCCCUACUUUGUCUUCGUUAGGUGGUUUAGAAAAGUAGAUAAAAGUUUUUUAUAAAACAUAUUUGUUAUAUACAAAGUAAUUACUAUUCUUUUAAAGUUGAGGCUCAACAAAUUUUAAAGUUGUAGUGUGUAUAUGUAACUACAUAUAUAUACAUACACAAAUACACAUAGUUAGUACCUAGAUGAAUAAUAUUUGAUGGAUCAUUAUCACUGUUGAAUUUCUGAAGCAAAUAUUUUUAUUAGCAGAAUGCCUUGUAAAUUUAUGUAAUUUUAAUGUAUAAUUAAAAACAUUACUUUCUAGAUCAGAAAUUUUAACUAUCAUUAUUUAAGUUGAAAAUUUGUUUCCUGAUAGUACUUGAUACAGUUAUUUGUUACAUGAUGACUAUAUAUAUCUCUAAAGUGCACUGAUUAUGUCUUUUAAGUAUAUGAGCACAAUCGAUAUAGAAUUAACUCUAAUUUGUGCUUUGGGUAAUUAAUAGAUAAUUCAAAAUUUCUCUGAGAAAUUGAAACAAAUAAUCACAUUAUUACAAAGAGGUACUAAGCAAAAUAAGACUACAAACGAGCAUGUGUUUGAUUUCAUAAGCUAAAAAUACAUCACAGAUAGGUAGGAGAAAUAUGUUUGAGCUAAAAAAAAAAAUCAUUUGUAUAUAGUUUUCAUUAAGAUGUGACAUAAUAUUACUAUGUACAUAGAUUAUGUGUUUUCUUCUAUAAUUGAUUGCCAAUCAUAAAUAAUUUUAUUUCUAUCAGGUGAUAUUAUUUUAAUGAAGCCUCUCAUUUUUUAAAAUUGAUUUUUUUUUUUAAUUUAAAUUGCAUUAGCGUAUAGCUAAUAACCCAGUAUUAAGUAGGUUUAUUUUUAAUAAAAGUGACAAUAAUGUUUAUUUAACUGAUUUAACAAUACUUUUAAUCCUGAGCACAAUAAGCAUUAUUAUUUAACUUGUUUUCUAGUCAAACUUUCUAUUCCCCUCCUAGGGUUGUAUAUAUUUAGCUUCUCUAUUGUCUUCCCAUUUCUUUAGCCAUGCCACUACGUUCAAUCAUCUCUCUUCUUAAGACAUAUAUAUUUACCCCGCUCUUCUACUAACUAUGAGGAUGUAGGCAUGGCUAGGCUGUACUCUUUAUUUAGAGGCGCUAAUGAUGAUUAUUCCGUUAAAUUUUUUUGUGAUAAUGUUGGUAUUUAUUGGAACGUCAUGUAUAUAACAAAAUGACUUUGUUUUAUUAACAUUUGUGUACAUGGUGUCAUUAGCUCAUAAUUGUUAGGUGGUGGAUUGUCUAUGAAAAUUUAACUUCAGAUUAUUGGGAAUUUACAGUAAACUCUCCUUCUGUUGACACUAGUACUUAUAUUUUUUUUAAACUUAUCAUUACCCAAUUUUUUCAAAACAUGUGUGAUAUAAAAUGGCUGUGUAUAAUUACAUCGGUAAGAUUUUUAUCUCUGGUCAUCUAUUUAAUGUUAUUUCCUUUGAGAGGGUUGUGAAUUAUUGUUUUGUUAUUCAGCUAAAACUGAAAUUGAAUGAUCUAAAUCAAUUUUUUCUUCUUUUUUUUUUUUUUUAAAUUUCAAUUCUAUUUUGAAUUAUUUAAAUGCCAUCUAAGCCCUUCUUAACACAUUAAUGUACAUGCCCUAUUUGUUGGUAUACAAAUACUGCAUAAUUUAAAAAAAAAAAAGUACAGAAUGUUAAUCCAUCACCCUAGAAUAUGAGUUUUAGAUUGUAAGUAAAAAUGUACAGAAAAGGUUUGAUGCUUUUUAAACAAGCACUGCCUUAUAGUUAAUGUGAAUUGUAAACUUUAUAUAUAUAUAUAUAUACAUUUAAAUGUUUACACAGACAUAUACAUAUGCAGUUACCUUUUGUUGUCAUAACAUAAAUAUUGUUUGUAUAGGUGUAUGAAAGUACAUAAUCUGCAACUAAUGUAAUUUUAUUAUGUUAAUUUGUUAUGUUUUUAAAUUUUAUCCUCAUGUUUUAUGUGGCUUAUUUUGAUUGUUAUUCCAAAAUUUGAAUCUAACUUGUAUAUAUGAUUGUUAACAUAUUUAUAGGUAUACCUGAUAUAAAAAGAAGACUAAAUAGACUUCAGAUAUAUCUUAAAUGUGAAAAUAAAAUGAUUUGUAUUUGUAUAUUUUUAGCUAGUUUAUAAAAGAAGCAAAUUUGGAAUGAAACUUGAAAUUGCAAGACAUGUACUUUAAUGACCAUAAUCUGAUAUGAUGAAAAAAAUCUGUUCUGUGUUUAAAUAGGAUUGUGGAAAAUGAACUAUAUUUUCUAUUGUAUAUCUGAUGGUAAUAAAAAAUGAAAAUUAAGAAAAUAAAAUCAUAUUUUAAGACUUUAUUAUAU